UUCGCCACCCCCCUCCCCCAAUCCGCCCGCUCCGACAUCCUCGAAUGGCCCCUCCCCAAACCCUUCUCGCACUACGUCCUGACCGGCAAAUCGCGCGCGGCCUGGCACACCUCCUUUGUGAUCCCGCAACUCAACCUCCUGCUGGAUGCCGGCUUGGUCAUCAACAAAUCCCGGCCCAAACACAUCUUCAUCACGCACGGACACAAUGACCACGCGCUUUCCUCUCCCGUGUUCAUCAAGCGCGAGGAUCCGCCUGAUUUUCAUUGCCCGGUGGGGAUGAAACAGGUGUUGGAAGACUACUUGCGGGCGAAUACGAUGCUCAACUUGGGGGGUUUGAUAGCGCCGAGGCCCGGGAAGGAGUUACCGCUUGAGGUACGGGAUCCGGAAACGGGGGAAGUGGUGCGCAGUGAAAUCAGGCCGACGCACGUGACGUACGGUCUGGAGGCAGGGGAUGUGGUACCGUUGAGACGGACAAAGAAUAUCAGCGCUGUGGCUUUUGCCUGCGAUCAUACCGUCCCUUGUCUGGGAUAUUUGUUCCAGCAGACGACGCAUAAGCUGAAGCCCGAGUUUGCGAAACUGCCGCCCAAAGAGCUCAAAGCGAUCAGGGCCAGUGGACAAGAACUGACGGCUCCGGUGACGAGUCCCAUCUUUGCGUUUUUGGGGGAUACCACCACCAAGACGCUGGAAGAGGAGCCGAUGAGGGGGUGGUUAAACGAGAAACUGCCGGUGGUGAUUACUGAGUGCAGUUUUCUGUAUGAGGAGCAUAGAGCCCAGGCGGAGAAGACCAAGCAUACGAUUUGGGCGGACCUGGAGAAGGUCAUAAGGAAGUACCCCGAGACAAUGUUUGUGGUGAUGCAUUUUAGUCUAAGGUAUAGUGUGGGACAGGUCAGGAGGUUUUUCAAGGAGAGGGCGGAGGGGUUGGACAAUGUGGUAGUUUGGGUUGAUGGGGAGGGGGAGGAU